AACAUACAUGAUACCCUACCUUCCAAGCCGGCUUUAUCCAAUCCAUUCAGUGUAGAUUAAUAUAUCAAAAUCAUUGUAUCAUUUCUUAUGUAUGCUUAAUCAUAUGAUAUUUAAUACCACUUUCGUUUUCUUUCCCACCUCUUCUUAAUUCUUAUAAUAUUAAUAGGAUUAUUAGGUCUUUGUGAGUGGCGGAGAUGCUAAUUGAAUACCAAUUGGCAUGUACGUGACUGACACUCUAAGUGGCUUAGGCCUACUCCAGAUAAGAUUAUUUCAAUUAAUUGUACUUCCACAUUUUAUUUUAUUUUUUUGUUGCAGCUGUUUAAUACAGCUGCAGCUUAAUUUUCUGUGACAUUUCCUUGGUUGCAUCUAUAUAUCUGUUUUCCUUAUAAUCAUCACAUAUAUAUUCUUUGCAAACAACUAAAUCCCAUAAUUCCAGCCUCGAACAUAUUUUCAUAUAUUUGUUUUUCCUUUCAAAAUAUGGCUUCUUUUGAGGUAAGGCCAUUGGUGGAACAUGAGGAAGGAUAUUCCGAGGAUCACCAAGAGCCUGGCAGCAUGUGCGGUUCUGGAUGCUUCCAGGUUUUCGAGUUGGGAUGGUGGCAAAGCCACGGCGAAGGUAAAGGCUUGGCAGAGCAAAAGGAAGAUUCCUGGUUGAGAUCCAGGUUGAGGAAGAUGAAGGAGUUGUCAGAAGUGAUUGCAGGUCCCAAGUGGAAGACAUUCAUUCGAAAGGUAAGUGGUUACGGCAAGAAGCAGCAGAGGAACAGGUUUCAGUAUGAUGAACACAGUUAUGAGCUGAACUUCAACAGUGGAGUUCCGAGUGAAGACGAAGAUAAGCCUCCCAGUUUCUCAGCAAGGUAUAGCGCUCCUUUUGCAGUUGUACGUGGCCAAACCGAACAAUGAUUGGAGCAGACCCGAAGUUUUAUUAGAUUUUAUCGGUUGAACUUGUUCAUUUGUUAGUCUUUUCAGCGGUAGAGUUAUUCUUAAUUAGUUUAUUAUGUAAAGACCAUUCUUUUGCUCAAGAUUCUUUGCUUUUCGCUUUUCUCCUUUCGCCUUGCCAAUUUUCCUUUAGUAGAAUGAAAGCAAAAGAAAUAGGACUAGUAGCAGCGUGUCCGGGUAAUCAAUUUACAGACUAAUCCUGCUGAACAAUUUCAAAUUCUUAACGAUUUUGUUAAUAAUUUGACAUUUGUAACAUAAAACAAAUAUUUGUGGUAAGAUAUAAGACUAGUGUAUAUCCAUCGAUAAGUAAGAACUAGUUUAAUGACCUGUGAGUUGCACGGAAUAGCUGAAUAAAAAAUUUGUGAUCGAA